AUGCUUGUGCUUCCUCUGCUUGUGCUUCCUCUACUUGUGCUUCCUCUGCAUGUGCUUCCUCUGAUUGUGCUUUCUCUCCUUGCGCUUCCUCUGCUUGUGCUUCCUCUGCUUGCGCUCCUCUGCUUGUGCUUCCUCUACUUGUGCUUCCUCUGCUUGCGCUUCCUCUGCUUGCGCUUCCUCUGCUUGCGCUCCUCUGCUUGUGCUUCCUCUACUUGUGCUUCCUGCUUGUGCUUCCUCUGCUUGCGCUUCCUCUGCUUGCGCUUCCUUUGCUUGCGCUUCCUCCUCUUGCGCUUCCUCUGCUUACGCUUCCUCUGCUUGUGCCUCCUCUGCUCGCUCUUCCUUUGCUUACGCUUUCUCAGCCUGCGCUCCUCUGCUUGUUCUUCCUCUGCUUGUGCUUCCUUUACUUGCGCUUCCUCUGCUUGUGCUUCCUCUACUUGCGCUUCCUCUGCUUGUGCUUCCUCUGCUUGUGCUUCCUCUGCUUGCGCUCCUCUGCUUGUGCUUUGUUCUUGUGCUUCCUCUGCUUGUGCUUCCUCUGCUUGUGUUUCCUCUGCUUGCGCUUCCUUUGCUUGCGCUUCCUCUGUUGCGAUUCCUCUGCUUGCGCUUCCUCUGCUUGCGCUUCCUCUGCUUGCGCUUCCUCUGCUUGUGCUCCUCUGCUUGCGCUUCCUCUGCUUGUGCUUCCUCUGCUUGCGCUUCCUCCUCUUGCGCUUCCUCUCCUUGCGCUUCCUCUGCUUGCGCUUCCUCUGCUUGCGCUUCUCUGCUUGUGCUUCCUCUGCUUGCGCUUCCUCUGCUUGCGCUCCUCUGCUUGUGCUUCCUCUGCUUGCGCUUUCUCCGCUUGUGCUUCCUGUGCUUGCGCCUCCUCUGCUUGUGCUUCCUCUGCUUGCGCUUCCUCUGCUUGCACUCCUCUGCUUGUGCUUCCUCAGCUUGUGCUUCCUCUGCUUACGCUUCCUCUGCUUGCGCUUCCUCUACUUGUGCUUCCUCAACUUGCGCUUCCUCAACUUGCGCUUCCUCUGCUUGCGCUUCCUCUGCUUGCGCUUCCUCUACUUGCGCUUCCUAUGCUUGCGCUUCCUCUGCUUGCGCUUCCUCUGCUUGUGCUUCCUCUGCUUGGGCUCCUCUCCUUGUGCUUCCUAUGCUUCCUGCGCUCCUCUGCUUGUUCUUCCUCUGCUUGUGCUUCCUUUACUUGCGCUUCCUCUGCUUGUGCUUCCUCUACUUGCGCUUCCUCUGCUUGUGCUUCCUCUGCUUGUGCUUCCUCUGCUUGCGCUCCUCUGCUUGUGCUUCCUCUGCUUGCGAUUCCUCUGCUUGCGCUUCCUCUACUUGUGCUUCCUCUACUUGCGCUCCUCUGCUUGUGCUUCUUCUGCUUGUGCUUCCUCUGCUUGCUCUUCCUUUGCUUACGCUUCCUCUGCCUGCGCUCCUCUGCUUGUGCUUCCUCUGCUUGUGCUUCCUCUUCUUGCGCUUCCUCUGCUUGUGCUUCCUCUACUUGCGCUUCCUCUGCUUGUGCUUCCUCUUCAUGUGCUUCCUCUGCUUGCGCUCCUCUGCUUGUGCUUCCUCUGCUUGCGAUUCCUCUGCUUGCGCUUCCUCUUCUUGAGCUUCCUCUGCUUGCGCUCCUUUGCUUGUGCUUCCUCUGCUUGCGCUUCCUCUGCUUGUUCUUCCUCUGCUUGUGCUCCUCUGCUUGCGCUUCGUCUGCUUGUGCUUCCUCUGCUUGCGCUUCCUCUUCUUGCGCUUCCUCUCCUUGUGCUUCCUCUGCUUGCGCUUCCUCUGCUUGCGCUCCUCUGCUUGUGCUUCCUCCGCAUGCGCUUUCUCUGCUUGUGCUUCCUGUGCUUGCGCCUCCUCUGCCUGUGCUUCCUCUGCUUACACUUCCUCUGCUUGAGCUCCUCUGCUUGUGCUUCCUUUGCUUGUGCUUCCUCUGCUUGCGCUUCCUCUGCUUGUGCUUCCUCUGCUUGCGCUCCUCUGCUUGUGCUUCCUCUACUUGUGCUUCCUCUGCUUGCGCUUCCUCUGCUUGCGCUUCCUCUACUUGCGCUCCUCUGCUUGUGCUUCCUCUUCUUGUGCUUCCUCUGCUUGCGCUUCCUCUGCUUGUGCUUCCUCUGCUUGCGCUUCCUCUGCUUGCAAUUCCUCUGCUUGCGCUUCCUCUGCUUGUGCUUCCUCUGCUUGCACUUCUUCUGCUUGUGCUUCCUUUGCUUGCGCUUCCUCUGCUUGCGCUUUCUCUGCUUGUGCUUCUUUCUUUUGCUUCCUCUGCUUAUGCUUCCUCUGCUUGUGUUUCCUCUUCUUGCGCUUCCUCUGCUUGCGCUUCCUCUGUUGCGAUUCCUCUGCUUGCGCUUCCUCUUCUUGCGCUUCCUCUGCUUGCGCUUCCUCUGCUUGUGCUCCUCUGCUUGCGCUUCCUCUGCUUGUGCUUCCUCUGCUUGCGCUUCCUCUUCUUGCGCUUCCUCUCCUUGCGCUUCCUCUGCUUGCGCUUCCUCUGAUUGCGCUUCUCUUCUUGUGCUUCCUCUGCUUGCGCUUCCCCUGCUUGCGCUCCUCUGCUUGUGCUUCCUCUGCUUGCGCUUUCUCCGCUUGUGCUUCCUGUGCUUGCGCCUCCUCUGCUUGUGCUUCCUCUGCUUGCGCUUCCUCUGCUUGCACUCCUCUGCUUGUGCUUCCUCAGCUUGUGCUUCCUCUGCUUACGCUUCCUCUGCUUGCGCUUCCUCUACUUGUGCUUCCUCAACUUGCGCUUCCUCUGCUUGCGCUUCCUCUGCUUGCGCUUCCUCUGCUUGCGCUUCCUCUACUUGCGCUUCCUCUGCUUGCGCUUCCUCUGCUUGCGCUUCCUCUGCUUGUGCUUCCUCUGCUUGGGCUCCUCUGCUUGUGCUUCCUAUGCUUGUGCUUUCUCUGCUUGCGCUUCCUCUGCUUGUGCUUCUUCUGCUUGCGCUUCCUCUGCUUGUGCUUCCUCUGCUUCCGCUUCCUCUGCUUGUGCUUCCUCUACUUGCGCUUCCUCUUCUUUCGCUACCUCUGCUUGUGCUUCCUAUGCUUGUGCUUCCUCUGCUUGUGCUUCCUAUGCUUGUGCUUCCUCUGCUUGUGCUUCCUCUACUUGUGCUUCCUCUGCAUGUGCUUCCUCUGCUUGUGCUUUCUCUCCUUGCGCUUCCUCUGCUUGUGCUUCCUCUGCUUGCGCAUCCUCUACUUGCGCUCCUCUGCUUGUGCUUCCUCUGCUUGUGCUUCCUGCUUGUGCUUCCUCUGCUUGCGCUUCCUCUGCUUGCGCUUCCUUUGCUUGCGCUUCCUCCUCUUGCGCUUCCUCUGCUUACGCUUCCUCUGCUUGUGCCUCCUCUGCUUGCUCUUCCUUUGCUUACGCUUCCUCAGCCUGCGCUCCUCUGCUUGUUCUUCCUCUGCUUGUGCUUCCUUUACUUGCGCUUCCUCUGCUUGUGCUUCCUCUACUUGCGCUUCCUCUGCUUGUGCUUCCUCUGCUUGUGCUUCCUCUGCUUGCGCUCCUCUGCUUGUGCUUCCUCUGCUUGCGAUUCCUCUGCUUGCGCUUCCUCUGCUUGUGCUUCUUCUGCUUGUGCUUCCUCUGCUUGCUCUUCCUUUGCUUACGCUUCCUCUGCCUGCGCUCCUCUGCUUGUGCUUCCUCUGCUUGUGCUUCCUCUUCUUGCGCUUCCUCUGCUUGUGCUUCCUCUACUUGCGCUUCCUCUGCUUGUGCUUCCUCUUCAUGUGCUUCCUCUGCUUGCGCUCCUCUGCUUGUGCUUCCUCUGCUUGCGAUUCCUCUGCUUGCGCUUCCUCUUCUUGAGCUUCCUCUGCUUGCGCUCCUUUGCUUGUGCUUCCUCUGCUUGCGCUUCCUCUGCUUGUGCUUCCUCUGCUUGUGCUCCUCUGCUUGCGCUUCCUCUGCUUGUGCUUCCUCUGCUUGCGCUUCCUCUUCUUGCGCUUCCUCUCCUUGUGCUUCCUCUGCUUGCGCUUCCUCUGCUUGCGCUCCUCUGCUUGUGCUUCCUCUGCAUGCGCUUUCUUCGCUUGUGCUUCCUGUGCUUGCGCCUCCUCUGCCUGUGCUUCUUCUGCUUACACUUCCUCUGCUUGAGCUCCUCUGCUUGUGCUUCCUUUGCUUGUGCUUCCUCUGCUUGCGCUUCCUCUGCUUGUGCUUCCUCUGCUUGCGCUCCUCUGCUUGUGCUUCCUCUGCUUGCGCUUCCUCUGCUAGCGCUUCCUCUGCUUGCGCUCCUCUGCUUGUGCUUCCUCUGCUUGCGCUUCCUCUGCUUGCAAUUCCUCUGCUUGCGCUUCCUCAGCUUGUGCUUCCUCUGCUUGCACUUCCUCUGCUUGUGCUUCCUUUGCUUGCGCUUCCUCUGCUUGCGCUUCCUCUGCUUGUGCUUCGUUCUUGUGCUUCCUCUUCUUGUGCUUCCUCUGCUUGUGUUUCCUCUACUUGCGCUUCCUCUGCUUGCGCUUCCUCUGUUGCGAUUCCUCUGCUUGCGCUUCCUCUGCUUGCGCUUCAUCUGCUUGCGCUUCCUCUACUUGUGCUUCCUCUGCUUGCGCUUCCUCUUCUUGCGCUUCCUCUCCUUGCGCUUCCUCUGCUUGCGCUUCCUCUGCUUGCGCUUCUCUGCUUGUGCUUCCUCUGCUUGCGCUUCCUCUGCUUGCGCUCCUCUGCUUGUGCUUCCUCUGCUUGCGCUUUCUCUGCUUGUGCUUCCUGUGCUUGCGCCUCCUCUGCUUGUGCUUCCUCUGCUUGCGCUUCCUCUGCUUGCACUCUUCUGCUUGUGCUUCCUCAGCUUGUGCUUCCUCUGCUUACGCUUCCUCUGCUUGCGCUUCCUCUACUUGUGCUUCCUCAACUUGCGCUUCGUCUCCUUGUGCUUCCUCUGCUUGCGCUUCCUCUGCUUGCGCUUCCUCUACUUGGGCUUCCUCUGCUUGCGCUUCCUCUGCUUGUGCUUCCUCUGCUUGUGCUUCCUCUGCUUGGGCUCCUCUGCUUGUCCUUCCUAUGCUUGUGCUUCCUCUGCUUGCGCUUCCUCUGCUUGUGCUUCUUCUGCUUGCGCUUUCUCUGCUUGUGCUUCCUCUGCUUCCGCUUCCUCUGCUUGUGCUUCCUCUACUUUCGCUUCCUCUGCUUUCGCUACCUCUGCUUGUGCUUCCUAUGCUUGUGCUUCCUCUGCUUGUGCUUCCUCUACUUGUGCUUCCUCUGCAUGUGCUCCUGCUUGUGCUUCCUCUUCUUGCGCUUCCCUUGCUUGCGCUCCUCUGCUUGCGCUUCCUUUGCUUUGGCUUCCUCUGCUUGUGCUUCCUCUGCUUGUGCUUCCUCUGCUUGUGCUUCCUCUUCUUGCGCUUCCUCUACUUGCGCUCCUCUGCUUGCACUUCCUUUGCUUGCGCCUCCUCUGCUUGUGCUGCCUCAGCUUGUGCUUCCUCCGCUUGUGCUUCCUCUGCUUGUGCUUCCUCUGCUUGCGCUUCCUCUUCUUGCGCUUCCUCUGUUUGCGCUUCCUCUGCUUGCGCUCCUCUUCUUGUGCUUCCUCUGCUAGCGCUUCCUCUGCUUGUGCUUCCUCUACUUGCGCUUCCUCUGCUUGCGCUUCCUCCCUUUGCGCUUCCUCUGCUUGCGCUCCUCUGCUUGUGCUUCCUCUGCUUGUGCUUCCUCCUCUGCUUGUGCUUCCUUUGCUUGUGCUUCCUCUGCUUGCGCUUCCUCUGCUUGUGCUGCCUCUACUUGCACUUCCUCUGCUUGUGCUUCCUCUGCUUGCGCUCCUCUUCUUGUGCUUCCUCUACUUGUGCUUCCUCUGCUUGCGCUUCCUCUGCUUGCGCUUCCUCUGCUUGCGCUCCUCUGCUUGUGCUUCCUCUUCUUGUGCUUCCUCUGCUUGCGCUUCCUCUGCUUGUGCUUCCUCUGCUUGCGCUUCCUUCGCUUGCAAUUCCUCUGCUUGCGCUUCCUCUGCUUGUGCUUCCUCUGCUUGCACUUUCUCUGCUUGUGCUUCCUUUGCUUGCGCUUCUUCUGCUUGCGCUUCCGCUGCUUGUGCUUCGUUCUUGUGCUUCCUCUUCUUGCGCUUCCUCUGCUUGUGUUUCCUCUACUUGCGCUUCCUCUGCUUGCGCUUCCUCUGUUGCGCUUCCUCUGCUUGCGCUUCCUCUGCUUACGCUUCCUCUGCUUGUGCUUCCUGUGCUUACGCUUCCUCUGCUUACACUUCCUCUACUUGCGCUCCUCUGCUUGUGCUUCCUUUGCUUGUGCUUCCUCUGCUUGCGCUCCUGUGCUUGUGCUUCCUCUACUUGUGCUUCCUCUGCUUGCGCUUCCUGUGCUUGUGCUUCCUCUGCUUGCGCUUCCUCUACUUGUGCUUCCUUGGCUUGCGCUCCUCUGCUUGUGCUUCCUCUGCUUGUGCUUCGUGCUUGUGCUUCCUCUGCUUGUGCUUCCUCUUCUUGCGCUUCCUCUGCUUACGCUUCCUCUGCUUGCGCUUCCUCUGCUUGCUUGCGCUUCCUCUGCUUGCGCUUCCUCUGCUUGUGCUUCCUCUGCUUGCGCUUCCUCUGCUUGUGCUUCCUCUGCUUGCACUUCCUCUGCUUGCGCUUCCUCUGCUUGUGCUUCGUGCUUGUGCUUCCUCUGCUUGCGCUUCCUCUGCUUGUGCUUCCUCUACUUGCGCUUCCUCUGCUUGCGCUUCCUCUGCUUGCGCUUCCUCUGCUGACGCUUCCUCUGCUUGUGCUUCCUCUUCUUGGGUUUCCUCUGCUUACACUUCCUAUGCUUGCGCUCCUCUGCUUGUGCUUCCUUUGCUUGCGCUUCCACUGCUUGCGCUCCUCUGCUUGUGCUUCCUUUGCUUGCUUCCUCUGCUUGCGUUUCCUCUGCUUGCGCUUCCUCUGCUUGCGCUUCCUCUGCUAGUGCUUCCUCUGCUUGCGCUUCCUCUGCUUGCGCUUCCUCUGCUUGUGCUUCCUCUGCUUGCGCUUCCUCUGCUUGCGCUUCCUCUGCUUGUGCUUCCUCUGCUUGCGCUUCCUCUGCUUGUGCUUCCUCUGCUUGCGCUUCCUCUGCUUGCGCUUCGUGUUUGUGCUUCCUCUGCUUGCGCUUCCUCUGCUUGUGCUUCCUCUUCUUGCGCUUCCUCUACUUGCACUUCCUCUGCUUGUGCUUCCUCUGCUUGCGCUUCCUCUGCUUGUGCUUCCUCCGCUUUCGCUUCCUCUUCUUGGGCUUCCUCUGAUUGCGCUUCCUCUUCUUGCGCUCCUUUGCUUGUGCUUCCUCUUCUUGUGCUUCCUCUUCUUGCGCUUCCUCUGCUUGUGCUUCCUCUGCUUGCGCUUCCUCUGCUUGUGCUUCCUUUGCUUACGAUUCCUCUGCUUGCGCUUCCUCUGCUUGUGCUUCCUCUGCUUGUGCUUCCUCUGCUUGUGCUUCCUCUUUUUGUGCUUCCUGUGCUUGCGCUUCCUGUGCUUGCGCUUCCUCUGGUUGUGACUCCUCUGCUUGCGCUUCCUGUUGUUGUGACUCCUCUUCUUGCGCUUCCUCUGCUUGCGCUUCCUCUGCUUGCGCUUCCUCUACUUGCGCAUCAUCUGCUUGCGCUUCCUCUGCUUGCGCUUCCUCUACUUGUGCUUCAUCUGCUUGCGCUUCCUCUGCUUGUGCUUCCUCUGCUUCCGCUUCCUCUACUUGUGCUUCCUUUGCUUGCGCUUCCUCUGCUUGUGCUUCCUCUGCUUGUGCUUCCUCUGGUUGCGCUUCCUCUGCUUGUGCUUCCUAUGCUUGUGCUUCCUCUGCUUGCGCUUCCUCUACUUGUGCUUCCUCUGCUUGUGAUUCCUCUGCUUGUGCUUCCUCUGCUUGCGCUUCCUCUGCUUGCGCUCCUGUGCUUGUGCUGCCUCUGCUUGUGCUUGCUUUGCUUGCGCUUCCUCUGCUUGCGCUUCCUCUACAUGUGCUUCCUCUGCUUCUGCUUCCUCUUCUUGUGCUUCAUCUGCUUGCGCUUCCUCUGCUUGCGCUUCCUCUUCUUGCGCUUCCUCUGCUUGCGCUUCCUCUGCUUGGGCUCCUCUACUUGUGCUUCCUGUGCUUGUGCUUCCUCUGCUUGCGCUUCCUCUGCUGUUGCUUCCUCUGCUUGCGCUUCCUCUGCUUGCGCUUCCUCUGCUGUUGCUUCCUCUGCUUGUGCUUCCUCUUCUUGCGCUUCCUCUGCUUGUGCUUCCUCUUCUUGUGCUUCCUCUGCUUGCGCUUCCUCUGCUUGCGCUUCCUCUUCUUGCGCUUCCUCUGCUUGCGCUUCCUCUGCUUGGGCUCCUCUGCUUGUGCUUCCUGUGCUUGUGCUUCCUCUGCUUGCGCUUCCUAUGCUGUUGCUUCCUCUGCUUGCGCUUCUUCUGCUUGCGCUUCCUCUGCUGUUGCUUCCUCUGCUUGUGCUUCCUCUUCUUGCGCUUCCUCUGCUUGUGCUUCAUCUCCUUGCGCUUCCUCUGCUUGCGCUUCCUCUGCUUCCGCUCCUUUGCUUGUGCUUCCUCUGCUUGUGCUUUCUCUGCUUGCGCAUCUUCUGCUUGUGCUUCCUCUGCUUGCGCUUCCUCUGCUUGUGCUUCCUCUGCUUGCGCUUCCUCUGCUUGCACUUCCUUUGCUUGCGCUUCCUCUGCUUGUGCUUCCUCUGCUUGCGCUUCCUCUGCUCACGCUUCCUCUGCUUGUGCUUCCACUGCUUGCGCUUCCUCUGCUUGCGCUUCCUCUGCUUGUGCUUCCUCUGCUUGCGCUUCCUCUUUUUGUAA